GCCACAUAGACACUGCCUUGAUCGACCGGGAACAGGGUGACGUGUUGGUGGACGGUGGAGAAGCCGGACGCUGCUGUAAAUGGAGGCUGAGGCGCUGGAGCUGGACGUGCUGAUCUACCCAGACGAAGUCCGGCUGGCCACGCCGGAGGAUCUCAGAGAAUGGGAGCUGGAGACGGCCAGUCAGGUCUCCAUACCCACCGUCAGACUCUUCGUGGCGUUGUACCCGUACAACCCUGCUGCCAUGUCGCCCAACAGAGACACGGCUGCUGAGGAGCUGCCGUUUGUACCAGGGCAGAUUAUCAAGGUGUUUGCAGACAAAGAUGCGGACGGUUUUUACCACGGAGAGUCUGGUGGCCUCACCGGUUAUGUGCCCAGCAACAUGGUGGCUGAGGUCCCAGUGGACGACGACUAUCUGAAGCAUAUCCUCAUGCAGCAGGGCUUCAUCCCCGUCGACCGCACAGGAAUGUCUCUGACACCAGAGGUGAGCGAUGUCACCAGCGUUCCCGAGGACACGGUGGUCAGAAGAAUGGUGGCCUUAUUCGACUACGAUCCCUGGGAGAGCUCCCCCAACGUGGACAGUGAAGCGGAGAUGGGCUUCCGUGCCGGGGACAUCAUCUAUGUUCUGGGUGAAAUGGACCAGGACGGGUUCUACAAUGGGGAUCUGAAAGGACGGCGAGGUUUGGUUCCGUCCAACUUCCUGCAGCCGCUACCGUGGGACUAGAACCAAAACCUUCACGCAUGCCAAGUUUAGAACUGAUUUUAUACAUUCUUUUUUAUAUCAGUAACCGUAAUAGUAACACCUCACUUAUCACCUAGUCAAUACACACUUAGAUCCUUGACUUUAAUGCACUGCCUUAUGACAUUUUAUACACUAGCUCCGUUUCUAACAGAGUAAAAGACAAAGCAAAGGAGAAAAGCAAUAGUUUUAUUGUACAAGCUUUCUUAUCUACAAGUACUUGCCUACUCAGCAGUAUUUUUUUUACGAAUAAAGUCAAGCACACAUUGCUGUCGCGUUGGUGGGUUCUUCAGUGACGUCUCUGCAGCCAACAGUACACUCAUCCAUAAAGUAGGAAACACUACACAGUGUAGUCAAGUUUAGUAGUGCUUUCUACUUUAUGGGUGACAACACUGUACAUCAGUCGCCUCUCUGCGGUGGGUCUGCUGUUGAAGAGUCAUUCUGCGAAAAAAACACGAGCAAUGGCCUUCUCUUGGUCGCAGCAGUCGUGGAAACAUAGAGAGUAUUAGACAGAAUGGAUCUGAAAAGAGUGAAGGCAUAUUUGGUUCUUACCAGCGUUUGGAGUCAGCAGAAGAAAGAAACCGAGAAGUGCCUGUCAUCUUUUUAUUAACCCUGCCAGGACCACGUGGUUCACACAGGAAACACACACACACACACGCACAGAAAAUUCAUAGCAGCAGUGUAGUCAUUUCUGAACACAACCUACUGGAAAAGAACAUUGUGCUCCAGUAAAAUCAUAUGUAAUCCCUGAAUGGUAUGAGAUGAAUGAAUCUAAACCACUGAUAUGCUAGCAUCCAGUUUGCAUAUUUUAUAUGAUUUUUUUCCUUUUUCUCUUCUAUUUUCUAUUUGUA